AUGCGGAACAACGUUCUUAUUUCCCUUAAUGCCAUUGCAGGCGCUGUCGCGUCUCCCUUCUCUGGAUACAAGAGACAGUCGGAUAUCAACUCCUUCAUUGAAAAAGAGACUCCCAUUGCAAAACAAGGGGUGCUCAAUAAUAUCGGCGCUGAUGGCAAACUUGCUCAGGGAGCCGCCGCGGGGAUUGUUGUGGCCUCUCCAUCCAAGGAUAAUCCUGAUUACUUCUAUACUUGGACACGCGACGCUGGUCUAACCAUGGAAGAAGUGAUAGAGCUGUUUCUCGGAGGCGAUAAGUCUCUCGAGCCUAUCAUUCACAGCUAUGUUGACUCUCAAGCUAAUCAGCAGACCGUUUCCAACCCAUCAGGCAGUCUUUCGGAUGGCUCAGGCCUUGCUGAACCCAAGUUUAAUGUCAAUAUCUCUGCUUUUACCGGUGCUUGGGGCCGCCCCCAGCGUGAUGGGCCGGCUUUACGUGCCUCCGCCUUGAUUAUGUAUGGCAACUUCCUGGUCGCGAAUGAUAAGAAGUCGCUCGCCAAGAGCAACAUCUGGCCGCUGGUUCAGAAUGACUUGUCCUACGUGGGCCAAUACUGGGAUCAGAGUACCUUUGACCUCUGGGAGGAGGUCCAGGGAUCUUCUUUCUUCACCACUGCUGUACAGCACAAAGCCUUGGUUGAGGGCGACGCAUUCGCCAAAUCUUUGGGAGAGAAAUGCGACGCAUGCGCCGUGGCACCACAAAUUCUCUGCCAGCUUCAGACCUACUGGAAUGGGUCUGCUAUUCUUUCAAACAAUCCCACCAGCGGUCGUAGCGGGCUUGACGCCAACUCGCUUCUGGGCUCCAUCCACAUUUUUGAUCCAGCUGCCGCCUGUGACGAUACCGCAUUCCAACCCUGCUCCUCCCGUGCUCUAUCCAACCAUAAGAUUGUGGUGGACUCUUUCCGGUCCAUCUAUGGUGUCAACAAGGGACGUGGUGCAGGGAAAGCUGCGGCGGUGGGCCGCUACCCGGAGGAUAAUUACCAGGGAGGAAACCCAUGGUAUCUUACUACAUUAGCGGCUGCAGAACUGCUCUAUGAUGCUCUGUACCAGUGGGACAAACAGGGUAAACUGGAAGUCACGGAAACCUCGCUUCCCUUUUUCAAGGAUCUCUCUAGUAAUGUCACCGCCGGAUCAUACGCUAAGUCCUCCUCGAGUUAUCAGUCCCUGACGAGUACUGUCAAGGCCUACGCAGACGGCUUCAUCUCUGUUAUCCAGGAAUAUACUCCCAGCAAUGGUGGAAUGUCUGAGCAAUUCAAGCGGGACGGUGGAGAACCGGUGUCUGCAUCUGAUCUAACUUGGUCAUAUGCAGCAUUCUUGUCUGCUGUUGGAAGACGAAGUGGCACUGUUCCUGCUAGCUGGGGUUCUUCAACAGCCAACAAGGUUCCCAGUCAGUGCUCAAAAGCUACAAUUUCUGGGAGUUACACUACCCCUACUGCUGGUUCGUGGUAA